CAGCUCUUUUGUAGGGGAACAUUACUAGUGAAGGCAUACAACAAACCGUCCACGCGCUCAAUUAUUGAUCUGAGGAGAAUUGUUUCUGUCCUUGGUGCCAUUUUUAAACUGGAUUACCUAAUUUAUUUAUUUUUUAAAAUCUGAUUGUUUCCCAUUUUUAUUGUGUUAUGGAGACAUGCGCAUCGGCCCUCCCACUUUCUAUUCAGAGCAGUUUCGACACUCAACUUUCGCACAGUAGAAAGGUAGGCUGUCCGUUGACACACCUGAUGGACUUUAAGGUGGAAGCAGAGCGGAUUCUGCGUAGACAGUUCAUGGUCUACUGAGCCUGGAAGCCACCGUUUUCAACCAUGGGGCAUGUUCAGACGAUGAAGGGUGUUUUGAAAUGUUUAUUCUGCAUUCCUGUCGUGCUCUGUGUUUUCUACUUAAUAUCUCCAUCUUUACGAAUGUUACUAGGCCUUCUCCCUAUGGACAAAUGCACGUUGGAAAGUUCAAAGAUGCUGGUUUUUGACAACAGUGUGGACUCCAGCCUCGACCUUUGGUCCAGAUCUGACGUGCAAACAUGUACAUCUUGGAACGCUCCCAUCAUCUGGGAAGGGAUGUUUGACCCUGACCUCUACGACGAGGUGCACAAGAAGGAAGGAUCAUCUGUGGCUCUAACGGUGUUUGCUGUGGGCAGGUACCUGGAUGCUUACCUGAUGACCUUCCUAAACUCAUCAGAGCAUCACUUCAUGUUGGGAUUGCCCGUGACGUAUUACGUAUUUACGGAUGUGCCAGAGAAGGUGCCAGACAUCAAGCUCGCUCCUCAGAGAAGCAUAAAGGUCAUCAAAGUGGAGAAGAACUCCAGGUGGCAGGACAUCUCUAUGAUGCGAAUGAAAGCCAUAUCAGAUGCCAUCGGGUCGGAUAUUCGCCACCGCUGCUCGCAUGUCUUUUGCUUCGAUGUGGAUCAGGUGUUUACUGGCAGAUUCGGCUCGGAGGCUCUGGGAGAAUCUGUGGCUCUGCUCCACGCCCACUACUACCACCUCCCAAAGAGUUUGUUUACCUACGACCGCAACCCUAAGUCCCAGGCGUACAUGCAAACUGGGGAUUUCUACUACCAUGCUGCCAUCUUUGGAGGCUCGUGGAAGAGUGUAAAAGCGUUGACUGACGCCUGCUAUCAGAGCAUCAUGGAGGAUAAAGAGAAUAAUGUGGAGGCUCUGUGGCACGAUGAGAGUCAUCUCAACAAGUACAUGUGGAUUCACAAACCGAGCAGGGUGCUUUCUCCGGAGUACUGCUGGGACACAAGUAUCGACUACAGGAGAGACAUACAAGUCACCCGACUACUGUGGGCACCAAAAUAUUAUGAUACACUUCGCACACCUUAGUGCAAAAUUGCCUCCUAUAUUUAGUGAAAGACAUUACACUCUCAGGUUGUCGGGCUAGUGUGUUUGAUUUCCAAAUUUGAUUAUGGCUUCUUUCAUUGAUUGACUGCUGCAGCCUAGGUAAAUCUAUGGAAAUGUUGCCCUUGCUUCAUUGUCAGUGUGGUGAUUACAUACAAAUUGUAGACUGUCUGUGCUAGUUGAUAAGAUUUAUAUUUAUGUGGGAGUCAGUUUGUCAAAUUUCCCCACUGCGGGACUAAUAAAGGAUUAUCUUAUCUUUUA